GUAGACAGUACGCGUCCGGCAGUGCUGGAGUAUUGAUUGCUUAAAGAGAGUGGUGUGGUAGUGCGGAUGAUAUAUCUCGGUUUCAGUUAGUUUUAGUUUUUUUUUAUUAAAGAAAAAAGGAAAAUUUACGAAAUCCGAGAAUCAAAAUGGAGAACGCCAGUUUUGUACCAGACAUUAUCCCUGCAGAUCUCGAAAAGAGUUGGCAUAUACCAAGACCUACACUAGCUCACAGUUCGAAAAGUUCCAAAGGAUCUACGUCUAGUAAUAAUAGUACACAUAAGGAUGUAUACUUGGUUACAAAUCCAAAUCGUUUAAAUACUCUAAAAGGGAUAGACAAAUUUUAUGCUACAGAAAAUGGACUUAUAAUAUCAGGAGUACAGUUUAAUGUUAACUGGAGUGUAGAAGAAAUUAAUAGAUGUUUAAAAGGUUUAUUUCCUGUACAUUUGGAAGAAGCAGAUUUUGAAAUUAUGGUACCUAUAGGGGGCAGGCUAACUAAACCCAACCUUCCCCAAGGAAAAGCACUGGAUGGUAUGCAUAUGAAGGCAAUUUUUAUACAGAAAGCUGUAUACAUUAGAAAAAUUGCCUCAGAAAAUCAUAUUGAACCACAAUUGGAAAUUUCAAACCCAACUGGAGCUUCCCCAGCAAAUUCUGAAAAUGACUAUACUGAAAAUACACUUGAGGAAGAUCUUGCAUUAGCAAUUAGAAAUAGUUUAGUAGACCUAAAUGAGGAGGUAGAGACAUUGGAAGGAAUUCUUCAAAAUUUACACCGCAAAAUAGAUAAUACAAAAAUCUCUCAUUUUAAUGUUUACAGAAAUGAUAUUUUCAAAUGUUGCAUUAAGGCCAUGAAUAGAAAAUCCUUUAAUAUAUUUAAUAAGAUAUCUGUAAAAUUUAGUGAUGUUGAAGGAGUCUCCGAAGGGGCUGUUGAUGUUGGAGGCCCAACGCGCGAAAUGCUUCGGUUGUCUAUGAAUUACAUCAAAAACUGUAGUUUAUUCUUUGGCGAGAACAAAAAAUAUCUUCGCCUAGAUUUGGAGUUGCUAGAAAACCGUCACUAUUUUGAGGCAGGUCGUUUAAUUUGCCUUUCUCUAUUACACGGAGGUCCAGCACUGCACUUUUUUUCUGAAAACUUGUUUUUAAUUUUAACAACUGGAAUCUCUGAUACAGCACCUAACUUAAAUGAUAUUGAAUACCAUUUAAAGGAGAAAAUUGCAAAAUUAUAUGAAAUAGAUGAUAUUAGCUUACUGCAGGAAUAUAUAACAGAAGAGCCUUUAUUUGCUAUUGCUGGCUGCCAUUUUGUAAAAAGCAUAGAAGACAGAGAAAAAUUAGUUCAGGAUAUUGUGCAGUUCUAUGGUUUUCAUAGGCUACGACCUGCGUUGGAGCAGUUUCAAGAAGGCCUUAGUACGGGAAAUAUUUUAACUUUGUUUAAGAGUUAUCCAAAUAUUUUUAAAGAAUUUUUGUGUGGAGAUCAGGGGCCAAUCACUGCAAAUACUUUUGAACAAAUGUACGAAAUAGAUUUUAGUGAAGUUGGUAGUUCAAAGCGACAAAUUGAGAACAGAAUCAUAACUUUUUGGAGAGACUAUGUUUUAGAUGCUGAAGAAGGAGACAAUGAAAUUAGUACACAAGAAAUUUUGGUGUUUUGUACUGGAGCUGACGAGAUUCCACCCCUAGGUUUCGAUUUAAAACCAACAAUAAAAUUUUUACACGAUCAAAGUAUAUAUCCAACCGCAAAUACAUCCGGAUCCCUCCUGCUGACUGCGGCCAACCUGGCGCAGAUCCAGACGCAGAAUCAGCACGGCCAAGGCGCCGCCGCCGCCUGCGAGGAGGCGACCGAGAUCGCGAGCACGCGAGACCAAAACAUACGCUACUACCUCGAGAGCGCGGGCGCGGUCGACGCCCUGGCGCUCCACGCCGCCCGGCUGGCGGGCGGCAAGAAACCCGAGCCGGACACGGCGUCGAUGUGCAGCUCGACGCACUUCACCGUCGACAUGAGCCGGCAGCAGAAGCAGCCGCGCAGGAGCUUCUGCAAGAAGCACCGCAUCACGUUGCUCGUGCUGAGCAUGUCGGCUCUGUUCACGAUAGGCAUCGUGGCCGCCAUAUUUAUGUUAGAAAUGAGAGCCAAAAACCAGAGGUAUUAAUCCGAUUAUUUUACCACUUUAACCUAAAGGCAUUCACCAUUUCUUAGCUAGGAAUAU